CUUUUCAAUGCCAAGUUUUGCGGAAACUUGGCCAUAACAGAAAUAGAUCCUUAUUUUUCUGGAUAGAAUUCGAUACUAGCGCUCUCUUGGUUCCAGCAUGUGCAUUUACGAAAAGUUGUUGCUGUCAUGAUGCACUUCCAGAUAUAGACAUAGGAAGGACUUGGCAAGGAAUAUCAGGACGUAUCGCCUUGUUCACCUUCCACCAGGAUCCCAUUUCACCUUUUCUCACUAGAAGUGACGCAUUCUAGCUGCUAGGUGUUUAGACGCGUCGAAAACGCUUAAGACAAGCGCAUCACCGGACCUGCUGCGCACCCUCGGUAGCCGCCAGAAUUUCCAACAUGGGGGCAAUCAGAAUCUUCCUUUCUCUUUUCUUCUUCGCCAGUGCGAUUCGUGCCCAAGUUACCGUGUAUUCGCAACAACCCUUAAAUGCCCAGACCUCCACUUCUUCUGCUGAUGCCGCUUCAUACACCGGUGCGGCGGCCUACAACCCCACGGUGCUCAACCCACCGCCAAUCCCGGACCCACUACCGCCUAUGCAGUUCGGGAUACAGCUUCAGAACGGCGGCACGAAUGGCGUUUCCAUCGUUCAAUCAGGCUCUUUUGUGGGAUUCUCGAUAGAAAUGUCCGUAGCGAACCAAGCUCUCGGGAAAAACUCUAGUUUCAUCCAGGUUCCUUUCCUUAACCUUAUGGCGAAUCUUCAGCAACGCGCAGGCAGGGUGUAUGUUCGAGUGGGAGGAAACACGCAGGAAACGGCUGUCUUUGUAGACAAUCUACCGGAAGGGAAAAUGAUUCAAAAAGAUAACGAGAACACGACCAAUCCCACUCAAACACCGCCUUUAGACUACACGAGCGACCUCUUUCAUCUAAUGAGAGGUAUAUCUGAACUCGUCAAUAUCCGAUGGUUUUUGGGCAUCCCGUUCUUCAACAUCGAUCCAUUCCAACUCGCCAUCGCUGAACAAAGUCAAGCCAUUCUCGGCGACUUCUUAGCCGGCCUCCAGGCUGGCAACGAGCCUGAUCUUUAUGUACGCCACGGCCACAGGACUGACCCUUACGGGCCUUCUGAUUAUGGAAACGAAUUCGGCGCUCUCGUUCAGGCUAUGAACAACGAUGCUAAUGCCGCUAAUAAGAACCUUCUUAUUGGACCCAACAUCGCUACCGGAGACUGGUAUCCGGAAGAUGUUUGGAACACAGGAUUUGUUGACACAUACAGCGAGAAUUUGGCCUAUUUGGCCGUAGAACACUACCCAACGGACAAUUGUUACGCUGUCUAUGGAUCUGGAACGCCUCGCGAUGCCCAAACCAUGUUCCCCACUUACUUGAAUCACUCAUCUGGGCAGUCCAUUGUUCAGGCGUACGUCAACUCCGGCAACUACGCCCAGCAGAAGAACAAGAAGUUGCUCAUGUUUGAGACGAACACCGCUUCCUGUGGAGGUUUCCCGGGCAUCAGUGACUCCUUCGGUGCCGCUUUGUGGGGACUUGAUUAUUCCAUGCAAAUGGCAUACUCCAACUUCUCGGGUGCUCUGAUGCACAUUGGUGGGCAGAACGUUUUCUAUAACCCUUUCACUCCACCUCCGACUAAUCAGUCAACCUUCCACCAAUGGACGAUCGGCCCAAUAUAUUACUCUGCACUGAUCAUGGCGGAGGCGAUGGGCGCGUCAAACGCCUCUCAGAUUCUAGAUUUGAACGCCAACGAUGGAAAUAUCUUUACCCCCGCCUAUGCCAUUUACGAGAACGGGAAUCCUGUCCGAGUUGCGCUUUUCAACUACAUAACGGACCCUUCGGGUGCUAGCACUUAUACCGCCUCCAUUGCCAUUGGAGGUGGUGAGACUGGUCAAGCGAAUGGCACUCCUGCCCAGGUCAAAGUGAAGUAUCUUUCCGCGGAUUCCGUGUCACAAAAAGGUAAUUUCCGAUGGGCUGGGCAGACAUUCGGACACAUCUUCGAAUCAGAUGGCCGUCUUAUGGGCGAAGAAGACAUUCAAACCGUGACUUGCGACCAGAAUGCCAACACCUGCCCUAUCUCUGUUCCAGCGCCUGGUUUCGCACUUGUCUUCCUCAACGAUGAAGCCUUUACGGAGACGGAUGGAGCGAGCCCGAAGACGUUCCCCACUACUGCUAUGACGAAGACAAUCAAUACUGCAACAGUCGACCAGGCGGUGUUAUCAACGAGUAAUGGACACAGUGGCAUGAAGGAUGUUCUAGGAAGUACUAGCAAGGGAUCACAAAACGGUGUUACUGGACUCCGUGCGAGUGGGCUGCUGACUGCCUUUGCGGUCGGGGCUAUAAUGUUUGUCAGGACCUUGAUUAGAUGACAUGGACGUUUUACCACAUAACGACUUCUUGAUUGCAUGCUGUGGCUAUUGGGACAUUUCGCUUUUAUUUUGCAUGCCCUUGAACUAUCAUUUAUCUUAAUACUAUAUUACUCAGAAUAAUAUAUUGUACUUAUGGCCGGAGGAAUGUUAUAGGGACACUCUCUUAUCGCACAACUUUCCAGCAUUCUUCUCGCUUGACGCCUGCUCUGCGUACCACCUGUAAUUUUUUGGUGGUCCGUGCAAAGGUCCGUGGCGACCACUGUAGGGACUCAUUGACUGGAGAAUAUACUCACGCUAUCUGAGACUCUUC